AACGGACGUUAAACGAUGAUGAUGAUGAUGAGUUCAAUGAGGAUGAAAGGUGAAAGGUAACAUGAAUCUGGGUAGCUUCUUGAACUGAGGACACAAAGAGACAAGCAAAUAUUCCAAGAGUGAAAAACAAACAAAAUUUGGUUUUCAAAAUGGAAGAUCAUGAUGUAGUGUGCCACAAGUGUGGGAUACGGGUACGUCCACCGGCACUUAUUAUAACUUAUUCCUAUUCUUCGAGUGAGAAAAUCAGACGAAGGACCAUGCCUCUGCGCUUUUUCAAUGCUAAAUCCAAAAUAGAGACCAUCUCCGAAGAACUGCUGAACAACCCACGCCAUCAAAAGUUUGUCAAAAAACUUCCCCGCACACAGCUCGAGAACUUACUCAAUAUGCUAAAAGACUGCUUGAACGGUUCCACAAUCAAAGAGUAUGUUCAGAGAAAGCAAUUGGAAAAGCGUUUAUUAGUUAACCCCGACGAAGACUUAAACAAGCUUGGGGACGAAGAUCUGAACGCGAGGAAAGCCAUCAUGGAGAAACUUUUUGAGAAGAACGCAACAAAGCCAACAGACAAAGAUUUCAUCUACGAUAUUCAGAUCGAAUAUAGCAACUCGGAUGCUGAGCCCUGUAGCUGGGACUGCAUAUAUGAUGCCGACGCUAUAUCCGUUAUCGUAGGAACUGAUGAUAAACGCAACGGAAGUGACGAUGAAUUCGGGGGUGGUAGCGGAGGAAGCGGUGGUGGUGGUCGUGACAUCAAAAAGCACGACGGCGAUGAUGUUGUCAAUUACGAUACUGGUGAUGAUGAUUAUGAUCUCGAUGAUGAAGAUGACCACGACGACGAUAAGGACGAGGAUUCUGCAGCCAAUGCUGAUGAUGAAGCUUAAACUUUAUAUGUUAUUGCAAGCAAGUCAAUAGGCAUGGGUGUUUUUUUUUUAUUUUGUUUAUCUCGUCUUUUUUGUAUACUAUUGUAAAUG